UGCAGGGAGCUGAGGUGGCUCUGGGAUAGCCAUGAAGGUCACCCUGGUGCUCCUGGCGCUGGCCGCCCUGUGCCUGGCAUUUCCCGCCGCAGAUGCUGCCGCACAGAGCGAGGUGGACUGCAGCGAGUACAGGAGGCUGGAGAAGGGGAGGCCCAUCUACUGUGAGAGGCUCUACCAACCCUUCUGCGGCUCCGACGGCAAAACCUACAACAACAAAUGUUCCUUCUGCAAGGCUGUGCUGAAGAGCAGAGGGGCCCUGCAGAUGAAGCAGGCAGGAGCGUGCUGAGGGAGCUGUGCUGAGGACAGCUCCUCUCUGCCCAUCCCUGCCCAGCCCAGCCCGAGGAGAACUGCCAGCUCUGCUCUGCUCUGCCCUGCCUGCUGCUCCCUGCCCCACAGCUGGGGCUGGCACUGCUGUCCUGGCAGCACAGCUGCUCCUGCUGCCCUACACCAGCCCUUCCUUAGCUGUUGGUCUCCAUGGCUGAAGUUCAAAUCCUCUCACACUGCCCCAAGUCUCUCCCCGUCGUUGAUCAAAUGUUUUCUUUCCUUUACCCAGAAACUUCAGCAGAUAUUUUCCCCCAAAUGUUUUCAGCUUUCCCAGGCAAGUGCUCUGACUCUCCUGGUUUUGUAGCUGAAUUUUAAGUGCUUAUUUUUAAUCCCUCUCUGUACAAUUCUGGUUUCUGUAUGUUGUUCAGCUACUCAGUGUGCUUGUUUAUUAAAAUAAACCUUCACUCUUUUUUUUUUUUGUC